UAUUUUGCAGAUCUCAUAACAUCCUGCUGCUCCGAAUAUGCAGUGGCUGAGUACAGGUCUGCUCCUCUUCGCGGUUCUGUUGUUAUCGAUUGAUCCCGUGGUGCCAAAGGAACGUGUGAUAGAUAGAAACUUGAGCGACGAAUCGCAUUUCCGCGGGGAUGAACAUAAUUCCCGGUAUGACCAUGAAGCUUUUCUCGGGGAAGAAGAGGCGAAAGAAUUUCACGACCUUAGUCCCGAAGAAAGUAAAGCCAGACUGAGUUUGCUAUUCGACAAGGUAGAUGUGGACUCGGAUGGGUUCAUCGAUAAGGCUGAGCUCCAGAAUUGGAUUAAGCACUCGCAACAUAGAUAUAUUGAUGAAGAUGUGAAAAGUCAGUGGAAAUCUCACAAUCUAGACGGCGGGGAAGCUAUCAGCUGGGACCAAUACAGGAAAAUUUCGUAUGGUUUCGUUGAUGGCAUGUCCGAAGAAGAAUUGAAGGCAGAUGACGGAGUCUCGUACGCGGAGAUGCUGCGUAAGGACAAGAGGCGAUGGGAAAAGGCUGACAGCAACGCCGAUGGAAAUCUGAGCGAAGAAGAAUUUGCCAGUUUUUUACAUCCUGAGGAAUCGGAGGCCUUACAAGAUAUCGUCGUCCUCGAAGCGAUGGAAGACAUCGACAAAGACAAAGAUGGGCAGAUUACCGUAGAAGAAUACAUCUCGGAUAUGUAUCAUGGUGACGCCGGAGAAGCCGAGCCGGAAUGGGUAACGCAGGAACGCGAGCAAUUCCGACAAGUGCGGGACAAGAACGGUGAUGGGUUUCUCGAUGAAACUGAAGUGAAGGCUUGGAUAAUCCCUCCUGAUUAUGAUCAUUCAGAAGCGGAGACUGUUCAUCUUAUUUCUGAAGCCGAUAUAGAUUUUGAUGGAAAGUUAGCCAGAACUGAGGUGCUGGAUAAUUACGAUCUGUUUGUAGGCUCACAAGCAACUGAUUUUGGAGAAUAUCUUUCAAGACACGAUGAGUUCUAGCGUCGUACGGCAAAAAGCUGGUAGAACUCCCAUAAAACAGUAUGUCAGUCAGAUGGGUGGAAUCUGCUCCAAAACCUCUGAAUGAGAGACAUCUUCUUUCUGAACAUUCACGAUCUUGCGCAGGAUGAAGGGAUCUCCGACACUUCGGGUGAUUUCGCGGUUGUGCCACUUAUAUUUUAAAAUGAACUGAACCGAAAUUUUACCGUGAGAAUCAUUCUGAAUUUUCUCUAUUCACGAUCAAAAGUGAUGAGCUGCGCAAAGUUUUUUUCAGCAUUGGAGGAGGUAUUCGAAUCCUUGUACGUUGUCUCAUUCGGCAAAGGAAGAGUGAUCAUGACCUAUCGUGGCUUCCACAAGGCAAGCUUUUUCGUGUGAUGUGCCGAAUCUUAUUUUUAUUAUGAUCGAUCUGCUGAGAGCUCUGCCGGUAAGAUAAGUCCACUGAAUUCUAGGCAUGGAGUUUCAAGCCACGAACGAUUUUCGACUUGAGCCGCGAUGUUUGUUUUUACCAUCUGUUAUCCACCGAUUGUUGAAAACGACAAAAACAUUGGAUUAUUGAUAGUUGUGUUUUGUGUUGAACACCAUCUUGUUACGUGGAAUAAAUUAAUUUUUGGGAA